GCGGACUAAGAUGGCGGCGUUGGAAAUACCGAAUCCCGGGGAGUGUGAUGGGUUUGACGACGAUGAAGUACCUGAUGAUGGAAGUGGUUUUACAUUGCAGGAGGUGCUCCGCCUCGGCGGUACCCAGCAAGAUUAUCUCAUGCUUGCUGCUUUGGAUGAGACUGAAGAACUUGUGGAUGGUGGCAAAAAAGGAUCAAUUGAUGAUUUAAAGCAAGGAGAACUGGAAGCAUUUAUAAAAUCCUUGGGUGUGAGCAGAUAUUCUGAGAAACUGCUAGUAGUGGAAGAAGAGGGAACCACAGUGGAAACAGAAGGGAAGCCACAAAAGAAAGUGAAACAAAAGGAAGUAAAUGUAACUGCAAUAGGAAAAAAAGAAAAUCAAGUAAAAGAAAGCAAAGGGAAGAUACAGUUAGUUAAUGCCAAAAACAGUAAGAAACAUCCAGCUCUAUGUAGAGAUGAGAAAGAAAAGAAAGAAGAAAUUUUUCAGUUCCAUGAGCGGCAGAUGCUGCUGAUAAAACCAGGGGGCAAAUGGUAUGAUCUAGAAUAUACAAAUGAAUUUACUGCUGAAACCCAAGAUCAGUCUCUUGUUUCCAAGUAUAUGGCCUUGGCAGAAAAGCUGUACCAGCAAGAGACUGACCUCUACAAGAGCAAGAAGGAUCUGCAGAAGCGAUCAUCAUCUGCUUGGAUGAAAACUGUAGUGUCAUCAGGUACUCUUGCUGACAGAAUGGCUGCUAUGACUCUUCUUAUUCAAGAUGCUGCUGUCCACUCCCUUCAUUUUAUAGAGACUUUGGUGAAUCUGAUCAAAAAGAAAGGCAGCAGAAGACAGAGUUUGAUGGCAUUGGACACAUUCAAGGAGCUUCUCAUGACACACCUUUUACCAGACAAUCGUAAGCUGCAUACUUUCUCUCAACAUCCUUUUGGCAUUCUAGAAAAACUUUCCAGUGGCAACAAGGAUUCGAGGGACAGGCGCCUGAUACUGUGGUACUUUGAGCAUCAUCUGAAGCACUGGGUGGCUGAAUUUGUGCAUGUGCUUGAAGCUCUGACUCACGAUCCCUUGGUGGCAACGAAAGCGCGUGCACUUGCUGUUGCUCAUGAACUUCUCUGUAACAAGGUAGAGGAAGAGAAAGCUUUUCUUGUACAGUUGGUAAAUAAGCUGGGAGAUCCUCAAAACAAAGUUGCCACCAAAGCAUCUUAUCUCUUAGAGACUCUGCUUCAUAAGCACCCCAACAUGAAAGGAGUAGUGUGCAAUGAAGUGGAAAGGCUUCUCUACAGAUCAAACAUUAGUCUGAAAGCACAAUACUAUGCAAUUUGCUUUUUGAACCAAAUGGUCCUUAGCCAUGAAGAGAGCGAGCUGGCUAAUAAACUCAUAGCCCUCUAUUUCUCCUUUUUUGGCUCUUGCAUAAAAAAAAAAGAUGUUGAGUCCAAGAUGCUUAGUGCUCUCUUAACAGGAGUGAACAGAGCUUAUCCUUAUGCUCAGACAAGUGAUGAAAAGGUAAAAGAACAGAUGAAUACCUUGUUUAAAGUUUUGCACGUUGUGAACUUCAACACCAGUGUCCAGGCCUUGAUGCUGCUGUUCCAAGUGAUGGAUUCUAACCAGACAAUAUCCGACCGAUAUUACACAGCCCUGUAUAAGAAGUUGUUGGACCCAGGAUUAGCACUGUGUGCCAAACAGUCAAUGUUCCUCAACCUUGUCUACAAAUCUUUGAAGGCUGAUACCGUAUUGCGGCGGGUGAAAGCUUUUGUCAAGCGACUGCUUCAAGUCACCUGUUCCCAAAUGCCACCUUUCACCUGUGGCACCUUGUACCUUGUAUCUGAACUUUUGAAACUAAGGCCAGGGUUAUGGGUGCAGCUUCAGGAUAAUGUGGAAUCAGACGAUGAGGAACAUUUUCGUGACCUUGAAGAAACUGAAGAGGAGGAGGCAAAACUUGUAAAUGUGGAUAAAGAGAAAGAAAAGAAAAGAGCAGAGGAGUCUGUGAAACUUCGUGACUCAAGUUCAAGAGCAUCAUGGGUCCAUCACCAGAACCUGGCAGGUAGCAAGAACUUGAAUAGCUAUGACCCAUUACAUCGAAAUCCUUCAUACUGUGGAGCAGAUAGGACAAGCCUUUGGGAACUAAAGAAGCUUUCAGAACACUUUCAUCCAUCUGUGGUCCUUUUUGCAAAAACUAUCCUAGAGGGGAGAUACAUUGAAUACUCAGGUGAUCCUCUACAGGAUUUCACACUAAUGAGAUUCUUAGAUCGUUUUGUGUACAGGAAUCCCAAAGGCCAUAAAGGCAAAGAGAACACCAGCAGUGUGGUGAUGCAACCAAAGAAGAAACAGUCCAUGAGUAACAUACGAAACCUUGUUGUAAACAGUAAGGAGUUUCUUGCACAAGAUGAAAGCCAAAUCCCAGUAGAUGAAGUCUUUUUUCACAGAUUUUAUAAAAGGCUGGACAUGGAGAAGGAAAAAAAGACUCCUGUGAGAGAUGAUGAAAGUGUUGAAGAUGUGGAUGAUGAUGAGUUUGAAAGAGCAUUAGAUUCAUUUGAACAAGACAGUUAUUUUGAUACAAUUGGAAAAGAAGACCUUAAUUUUGCUGGCAAUGUCAAAAGCAGUAGUGAUAAGAAAAGCCAAAGUGAUGAGGCAGACUGGGAAGAUUCUGAUGAGGAUGAUUUUGAUGAUGAGGAAGUGUCUCUUAGCAUGGAUGAAGACGUUGGAGAAGACCUUGAUGAAGAAGGGGGGACCUUCAUGGAUGUGUCUGAUGAUGACAAUCUAGAUGAAACUGAAGACCAAGUCAAACCUGUCAGUAGUAACAAAGGCAAAAGGACAAAAAAAAUGGAUUUUGCUGGAUCAUUGAAAGGACCAAAGGAAAGCAGAAAAAGAAAACUCAAAGAUACUGGGAUGCUUGCUGCAGCGGAAGAAUUUGGCUACUUGCUGGAUGAAAACAUUGGGUCCAAGUUUGACAGUAUUGGGAUGCAUGCUAUGGCCAACAAAGAUAAUGCAAAUUUCAAACAGCUCAAGUGGGAGGCAGAGCGUGACAGAUGGAUUCACAAUAAAGAUGUGAAAAGUAUCAUCAGGCAGAAAAAGAAGUUCCAGCACAAACCACUGAAA